CGUUUUCUCUGAAACUAUCAUUUUGUGGCGCUUUCUUAAUUCGAAAAUGCGCCUCAUUCCCACUUGCCUUCUUCACCCAGCGAAAAAGUUCACUCCUUUCGCUUGCAGAUCUCGCACUCCUCACUCACUCACUAACUCUCUCUCUCUCUCUCUAGAGAAAGAAAUUAAAGAAACAAGCCGAGCAGAGAGCAAUGGCGGGUUACAGAGCCGAAGACGACUACGACUACCUGUACAAGGUGGUGUUGAUUGGAGACUCUGGGGUGGGCAAGUCCAACCUGCUCUCCCGCUUCACCAAGAACGAGUUCAACCUCGAGUCCAAGUCCACCAUUGGCGUCGAGUUCGCCACGCGUACUCUCAACGUCGACGGCAAGGUCAUCAAAGCUCAGAUUUGGGACACUGCUGGUCAAGAAAGGUACCGUGCCAUCACUAGUGCUUACUAUCGUGGAGCUGUAGGUGCACUCCUUGUGUAUGAUGUCACUCGCCAUGCAACAUUUGAAAAUGUAGAUAGAUGGCUGAAGGAGUUAAGGAACCACACAGAUCCAAGCAUUGUGGUGAUGCUUGUUGGGAACAAAUCCGACCUUCGCCAUCUUAUAGCAGUAACAACAGAAGAUGGGAAAUCCUAUGCUGAGAGGGAAUCGCUGUACUUCAUGGAAACCUCUGCAUUAGAGGCAACAAAUGUAGAGAAUGCCUUUGCAGAAGUUCUAACGCAGAUCUAUCGUACCACUAGUAAGAAGACAGUGGAAGGAGAUGAUGGAUCUGGUGCUGCAUUCCCUUCUGAAGGAGAAAAGAUAAAUAUCAAGGAUGAUGUCUCUGCCUUGAAGAAAGUUGGCUGUUGCUCGGCUUAAGGUUGGAGGUUUCCAAUGAAACUUUUGGAUUUCUUUCACCAUACUGACACACAGCUCACUGCAACGAUGCCCAGACAGUGAUGAGCUUAUUUUCUGGUUCAGCCAUUGUAUUAGGUAUACUACACAAAGAUAGGACUGCUGAGGCAGGAGCUUAUUUUCUUGUUGAGAAGGGACAUCCAUUUUUA